AUGGACAACAAUGGAACAGUAACAACAACGUCGAAUAAGGAAACGAAAUUAGACGAGGAGUCGCAAGAUAUUCCUUGGUCGAGUCUUCAAGAGCAGUAUGACUACGAUCCCUCCCCGGCUGUUCUUGGGCAAAGGCCGAACAAGUUUGAGAGGCUGGAUCGUCGGCCACAAGAGGGAUAUCAUCCUGUUUCCUUUUCAGAACCAUCAGAGUUGGAGAAGCAUGAUAUGACAGAACUAGAGCCGGGGGACAUCGCGCGAUGGGUCAAUGCACCCCGAAGUAUUACUAGCACAGCGCUCUCCAUCAAGGAGCAACAAGCCGAUAAGCGACAAAGCGGACAUUUAGAAAGAUCACGAACCCAAUUGUCAACCGCUGUAGCUUUCCCACCCCAUGAAAGCGAAUUCAUAGACCUGCUCGAGAAACAUCUCAAAGCACAAGCGAAGACAAUCCUUUGCCGGCGUGAAAAGGUGGAUUCAGGUGCCGUUGCUUUUCUGAAGGAGUUCAAAGACGACACCCGACAGGCUGCAGUCCAUAUCAAUGGCCAUUUCCGCAACCGAACAUGCUCUCUCUUUCUAAUGGGCAACGUGCUUCGCAAUCUGCACCCCGGGUUGCCAUUGUACCUUCCAUCCCUAUGUGAUCCUGACACCGCAAAGAAAGAGAAAUAUCCUUCGAGGCAGGCAUUCGACCGAGGCGAUGAAACUGGAAAACAUCAACGUCGAGUCUACCUGAUAAGGGCAGUAAGGAAGGAGCUGAUUGAACCCGUAACGCUUCUGUUGAGCUACCUCGCACCUUCGACAAGCACAUCAACUCAGCCGUUACUUGUACGAUAUCGGUACACUGUCUUCCACUAUGUUGGGAGUGACCGUAGCGCAAAGGGUGGAAUGCUCUUGCGGGCAGUCGAGGCUGCAGCUCCUGAGUACUGUCGAGGAAAUCGCACUGAGCUACAUAAAGAAUUGAGCAAUCUGAAUACUACCUUUAAGGUGUACAUCCUAGCGGACUGGGAUUCUAUCCGUUCUGAGCUAAGCAAGGAAAGCGACUUUGACGAGAUUCUGAUUGCUGAAGCGAUAUGCCAAACGAUACUUCGUACCGGCUGCCUCUUUCGCCAAUCCGGUAAUCGGGGAGAGAAGAUGACUGGCUUCUUCAAGCAUCUUCAGUUAGAGGCUGGUGACGAUGAACCACUCCCCAACAAUAAUGGACUAAAUGUUCAGUCUGCUCUGGAAUCUCUAAGGUAUCCUGACAGACGGAAUACUUCUUUCUCGACUUGA